ACUCACAUAUUAUCAGCAGAGAGACACACAACUUCUUGAUACUCACAGUGAAAUAUUUUCUCAAAUAUUUGUACCGAGCGCUUACAAAGCAACAUGGAUGAAAAGACUCUUUAUUCUCUGGACUCAGAGAAUGGUUCAAAGAGCAGUGGCAGCACUACUGAACCCAACUACUGCAUUGGGGACGACUGUAGGGUGACAAGUAACAAACACAAGGUCAGCAUAAGUUACUCAGAGCCACCCAGAAAAAGGCAAAGGGGUGCCAGCGAACCCCCUGAGGUGACAGUGGAGACUGCGACAGCCAGAGAGACCAAUGAAAAGGCCCCAACAGCAGAACAAAGCCCCGGAAAAAAGCAGAGGGGUCACGAAAACAACUCCGGCAUCAGUGAACCCGCUGAGGUGCCAGUGGAGGAUGUGACAGCUGAAGGGACCAAGAGAAAAGCCAGCACCGAAAGAGAGACGCCCUGUAAGAGGCAGAGAACUGGAAACUCCGACACCAACGCUGGUGAACCUACCAAGGAGUCUCCCAGUGAAGUCUCCCCGAGCUCCUGCAGCCCUUCAACCUCCCGGCAGAACAAUGAGACGCCAUCCUGCUCCGUCAGGACCAGCACAGAAAAUUUUGAGGCCAAGUACCUGCAGCUUCACCAGCUCGGAGAAGGCGGCUACGGAACAGUUUAUGCUGGAGAAAGAAAAUCUGACAACUUACCAGUAAGUAAUAAAUAUAUGGUGGCGAUCAAACACAUCCCUGAAGCUCUUGUGCGGAAUCGACCAGUGGUUUUAAAUGGAAAGACGCACAUGGUGCCAUUGGAGGUGCUUCUCAUGCUGAGAGUGGCAGGUGGAGCGGAGUCACUGGGGAAACAUGCUGCCGUGACAUUAUUAGACUGGUAUGAUCUGGGCCCGGAGGUCCUGCUUGUCAUGGAGAGACCAGUCCCCUGUGAGGACCUGCUGACCUACCUCGAUAACAACAAUGGGUUCCUGAGGGAAGACCAGACAAAGAACAUCAUGAAGCAGCUGGUGGAAGCAGCAGUUAAGAUGCACUCUCUUGGAGUCUUCCAUCGGGACAUUAAAGCAGAAAAUGUCCUCGUUGAUUUAAGCUCGGAUGUCCCUCGUGUGAGAAUCAUAGACUUUGGAUGUGGCUGCUUGGUGAAGAAGAUACCGUACCGCUCCUUCUAUGGAACCGAUGCCUACAUCCCUCCAGAGUUUUACCGGCUUGGCACAUACGAGGCGGAACCCAGCACAGUCUGGCAGCUGGGCGCUCUGCUCUAUGAACUGUUGGACGGCUACAAAAAUUUCACCACCUUGGAGUUCCUUCACAAGAAAAUUAUCAUAAACACUGAGCUGUCCAAAGACUGCCAGGACUUGUUGGAGGUGUGUUUGGCUGUGAACCCUCAGGAGCGCGGCACUCUGGAGCAGAUUCUGCUGCACCCCUGGUUCUCCUAAUCCUGCACAACCGACCACCCAUUGGGCUGAGCCAACUGACUCCAAUGAACUCCAUCCUUUGGUCUUAUACA